CAAAGCAUUCAAAGUCUCUGUCUUUACCGUUGAUAGAAUUUGUAUCCAAACCACAAUAAAUGUCACUUAAUUUUAGUUGGCUGCCUCUGAAUUAAGCAGCUCUCAACACAUUUGUUUAAUGUUUUUUUUAUAUGCAUUUAUAACCUACUUCUUCUAACUCUUUAUUUUUCUCCUCUUUCUUCUUAUCUCUUUUUUCAACGAAUUCUAAAUGUAAAUAAUGAAAUCUUGAAGCUGAAAGGUUUUUGCCGUAUACUAAUUUUUGCUCACUGAAAAAAAACCCAUCUUUCCUGGGAAAUCUCUUGACUUUCUUCAACUUUCCUAGCAGAAAUGAUCCUUUAGCUUUCUGGGUUGUGUUAAAAAAAAACUUGUUUUGAGGUGUUGUGAAGAAUGGGUAAUAUCAUUUACAGGAGAAAGAAGGAUAGCAAAGAAAAUAAUGGAUCAAGAAGUAGGAGAAUUGGGGGAAGGUCUCAGAGGAAAAUGGCUGCAGAAGAAGAGCUUUUGCAUAGACAAGCUUUGUCUAUGGUUCUUCAUCAGCACCAAUUGUCUCAGAGAUUUGAUGGAUCCAUGUCCAGGAGAAUUGGCUCUACCAGCUCUAGAAGACACACUGAUCCAUUAGCUAAUAAUGAAAAAAAGGUGGUGGAAUCUCUUGAAAAUAUCAAGUUUAGAAGAGUUGUUCUGAUACAUGGAGAAGGGUUUGGAGCAUGGUGUUGGUAUAAAACAAUUGCUCAGUUGGAGGAAGUGGGUCUUUUACCUACUGCGAUGGAUCUGACCGGUUCCGGUAUUGAUCUGACAGAUACAAACACUGUCACUACAUUAGCUGAAUAUUCAAAACCAUUGAUUCAAUAUCUAGAGGCCCUUCCCGAAGACGAGAAGGUUAUUUUGGUGGGUCAUAGCAGUGGAGGUGCUUGCCUUUCUUAUGCAUUGGAAAAUUUCCCAGAAAAGAUCUCCAAAGCAAUCUUCCUUUGUGCUACAAUGGUGUCUAAUGGUCAGAGACCUUUCGAUGUGUUUGCAGAAGAGCUUGGUUCUGCUGAACGUUUCAUGCAAGAGUCAGAGUUUUUGAUUUAUGGAAACGGAAAAGAUGAGCCACCUACAGGGUUCAUGUUCGAGAAACAGCUAAUGAAAGGGUUAUAUUUCAACCAAUCGCCAACAAAGGAUGUAGCUUUGGCCAUGGUUACCAUGAGACCUACUCCACUGGGUCCUAUAAUGGAGAAACUGUCACUGUCCCCCGAGAAGUACAGAAGCGGACGGCGGUUCUACAUUCAGACAUUGGAUGACCGAGCUCUUUCACCGGAUGUGCAAGAGAAACUAGUAAGAGAGAACCCACCAGAAGGAGUUUACAAGAUUAAAGGGAGUGAUCACUGCCCAUUCUUCUCAAAGCCUCAGUCGCUUCACAAAAUUUUAGUAGAAAUUGUUCAGAUUCCUUAGCUUAAUUUCAAUAAAGAAGAGAAAAGAAAAGGGACCAUAUUCUUUAACCUUUAUUUCUAUUUGUCUCACAGAACACAACUGUUGGUUCAUUGUACGGCUCUUAAACUGUCAUAUGCCGUUCUUGUAUGUACAACUACCUUUCUGUAAUUAUUUUUUUUCUUGCAGUAAAGAGAAAAGCUGUUAUACA